UCUAACUCUAAUGUCAGCUUCACUUUAAAGUUUAAACUGACUUGCCGUCUGAAUCGACUAGCUGUUUUCAUUGAUAAUUAUUAUAGUUUUAUUAACGGAAAUUGAUUAAAGUUAACAUUUCAAAGAUGAUUUAACAAUGUUGAUAAAUGAACUUCCAGAUGAUUGUUUGCGGACUAUUUUUGAUUACAUGCAAGGUUUAGAAGAUUUGAUAAACUGCUUCAAAGUUUGCGAAAAAUGGUCUAAUGUAAUCGUCGGUCGGACAAAAAGAGUCAAAUAUUUAUUUAACCAAUCGUUUUCGCCUGAUUAUGCUCUUAAUUUCGUAAAGCGACCUAUUGAUAUAACAUGUUUGAGCAAAUUGUUUCCAAAUUUAAGGAUUGCCUACUUUUCAGGCCUUUUACUUAAAAAAUCACCGAUCGAAGAUAUUGCUAAAGUAAUCAGAGAUUCAAAAUAUUUGAAAGGAAUAAUGAUUGAUACAAAUUGUGGCUUUGAAUUGAUGCCGGAAAUCGCUAACUUCGAAAUGUUAUCUAUCGGAUUUGUUAAUCCAAACAUAAGUGGAAUCUACGAAAAUGUGAAACAAUUGCACUUUUGGGAGUCUAAUUUAUAUCUAUUCGAAUUGGUCUAUUAUUUCCCAAAUCUUGAAAGAUUAAAAUUUUACAAGCAACCAGAAUCAUCAGAACCUUACUAUGAUGCUCCAGUAUUGGCAAAUCUUAAAAUACUUGAAAUGGAGCGGCCUCACAUUGACUGGAAAGACGCUUGGUGUUCAUUUGUAUUCAUGGAUUCGUGCCCAGCAUUACAGAGUGCUCAUAUAAGAAUUAGAUGCUUUCCCAUCGGGGUCAAUUAUUCAAUAAAACUUGCAAACUUACAAGAUUUGGUUAUAGAAUUUUACGAGUCAAUCGAAUGGAAUGACCUACGAAGACAGAUGUCCAAAUAUCCGAAUCUAAAGCAUUUGGCAAUACGAGCCACUUAUUUACAACAUGUAAGAGAGGAAAACAUCAAGGAAUUAGUACUAAUUUUGCCAAAACUGACACUACUUGAUGUUCGUAAAUCUUAUGGAAUCACUCAAGAAGGUGCUGAUCAUGUUCGGAAUUAUUGUAAACAGCAUGGCCGAUCAAUCAAGUUUUAUUUUAAUAGAGACGACGAACAAAUCAAAUCUGAUUGGCCGCAGUUAUUAAAUCAUCCAUUUAAAAUAUGUCGUGGAUUUGAUUUCAUGGAAAAUUGUUUUUUCAAAAGUUUCGAUGAUUUGCCUCAUUUUUUGGAUCCAAUAGAUGAUUAAUAAAGUGAAAAAACUGCCAAUCCUUUGCAAUUUUUCAGAGCUUUUUC